AUGUUCAACUUCGAGUACAGACACCCGGGGGGCUACAUUUUUGGUGGGACGUCCAAGAUCAACAACGCCAAGGAGCGGGACUUUACCGGCGGCGUUGGAUUCAAUAGUUCCGCUCUGAAGGAGUGGCUCGACACCAUGAUGGCAUUCCAUGCUCCUCUCAACAUCCACGGUGACGAGUUCCGGGGCAAGUGGACGGCAGCGCACGUGGACAAGUUUUGGACGGAAUUCCUUGCAACUCACGCUCUCGAGCCGUCGAAUCGCGCGGAACACGUGUUGGACAACAUUUACGAUUACGAUACAAGAUCGAUGACGAAGUGGACGAUCGACUGGUCGCCGCGCCAUUCGCCGUCCCUCGAGGCUUCAGCGGCGACCGAAGCCAAGGUGACUGUGGAGGAACCAUCGAACAAACGCCCACUGUCCGCAUCCCCAUUGCCCGGAUUCAGGGGCAACGGGGCAGAACCACGGCGCAUUCUUGAGUCUAGGUGGGGCGGGUGA